CGCCGCGUGCCCAGAGCAAGAUCCCGACGACCCCCUCGCCGCACUGGCUCUAGCUGCCAGCGAUGACCUGGUGGCCCAGCUGCCCCGCUAUGCCACUCCCAGCAUUGCCUCCACUCUGCCCACCUACUCCAAUAACGAACAGGAGUUCAUUUUGCGGACCUUUGCGGGACACAAUUACGACAUGUUGCGGCACCUGCCCAACUCGAUACGGGAACAGCAGGUCAUUGCCAGUCGUACUGCCCGCCAAGAAGCUUGCCGUACCUUUCUCAUGCCGGGGCUGCUAGGCUCUCAGCUACGACUUAAAUCCAACCCUGACAAUCAGCAAGGGCUGUUUACGGCAUUUGAGUACAUUCCUUCACGAUACUCCCUGGCUGCCGAGCUGGCUUCAAAGGAGCGCGUGGCGAAUGAGGCCACCCGACUGACCAUCGGGCGGGGCAAGGAGUUCAUCCCCGUGGUGGCGCCCAACCUGCAGAAACAGCACGAGAUCGGUCCCAAGGUGGGCUAUGUGUAUCUUGCUGGGCCGGAGGAGGACCGGGAGACCAUGCGGCAGUCGGACAGGGCCCACCACGAGGCGGGUCACAUCCAGCAGCCCUUCAUCCCCCCGGGCACUCAGAAGGUGGCGGCGGAGGUGCCCACGCGGCUGGGGGCCUGGGGCAUGAUGAAGAACCUCAAGAGAGUGCUGGAGGCGGACUGGGAGGGCGCCUACAUCAGCAUUUUUGAGAACGAACAUGACUGCUGGGUGGUCUGCUUCCAGGAGGAAACGGUGGACGGACUCGAGGGGCUCGCCGCCUACAUGAACGUCUUCAUCAGAACCAACACAGUGGCCACGGAGUACCGACUAACCAAGGAGGUGGUGGAGUUCUGGGGCAGCACGCCGGGAGAUGGCUGUGUGUAUUACGUCAUGAGACCGCCGUGGGUGGCACACGACAAGGUGGAGACGUUCUUCAAGCUGCAUCCCGAGGAGCGCGAUUUCCGGACGAGCUUCCCAGUGGUGGAGAUUGAGGCGGAACGUAAGGCCCGCAAGAAGGCCAUUGACGGCGAUCCGCUCGGGCCCGAUAGCCUGUACGACAACAGGCUG